CCGUUAGUGCGCUGCAGACCUGGCUGCGGGGCCCAGGGAUGCCGCGGCUCCUGGGGCUGUGUCUGCUGUGGCUCGGGCUCCUGCUGCUGUGUAAGCAGAGCGGCAGCAGCAGAGCCAGGAGACUGUGCGGCAGGCACCUUCUGAAAGGAAUAAUAAAGCUCUGUGGCGAUGCUGACUGGAGCCACAUAGGGGUAAAAGCCCCUUUCACACAGCUGCCUUUCCAGGCAACGGGGAAGGUUGAAAGCUUCGUCCCCGACCGGUUAGAAAGCUCCCAAACCACUUUCCCAGCCUGGGGGAGAGGCACACGCUCAGUCUUUACUUCUGCCUCUCAAGAAGAAGCAAUAAACACUUUGGAGAUGCAGUCACUGCCUGCGUACCGGUAUAAAAAGGACAACAUGCUACGUAAUAGGACCAGAGAAUUUUCCUUAUCACAAGAUGUCAAUUCAUAUAUUCGUGAGAUUGUAGGAUAUCAGAAGAAAAAUAAAAAUAAAAUUAAAACAUUAAGUAAAUUGUUUUGGGGGAAUCAUCCCCAAAGAAUACGCAGAGGAUACUCAGAAAAGUGUUGUCUUAAAGGAUGUACAAAAGAAGAACUUCUUAUUGCAUGCCUUCCAUAUAUUGAUUAUAAAAGCUUAAAGAAAGGAGAAUCAGUUGUGACUGAGAUAUACUAACCAUCAUAGGAAUUAUACUAACUUAAUAAAAGAUAAAUAUGUUUA